AUGGCGCCGUUUUCAACACCAUCUACAAAGAUUGGGACCGCCAACGAAGUCAAUAUUGCCUCGCACAUCACGCUAUUUCUGGAUAUACACACACACUAUCAUAUCGAGGAGCUCAGAGAAUACGGUUUACUGUGCAAGAGCAAUAUGCCAGUAGCUGCUUUCUCACCGGAUCAUAUUGCUGCCAUCGUGUCUGUGCGAUGUGGGAGAUUCAAUGCAGUAAUGGAGUACAAAACUCGAGCUACUGCUCGCACAGUUCAGCAGGAACAAGCUGCUGCUAAAGCUUAUGGUAUAUUCACGACAGUAGAAUUGACUGGUAUGGGAUCCGGCUUCCGAUUGAACGCAGUGAUUCCAGAGUCCAGUCACCGCCUCCAGAUACUGCACAGCAUUGCUUGCAGUGGGAUCACACAUGGAUACCUUGUGUAUGCAUCCUCUACAUACAUCAUUCGAGUUGUUCACGUUGUCGUGAGCGAGAGUGCAUCUCACACUUACCAGAGUGCAUUGAAGGCAAUUGCGUUGGGCUACAUGGAGUGGGUUUACACAGAAACCGCCAGCAUUCCCGAGUUUGAAACUGAGCAAUUAGGACACUGUGUUGAUCAAGCCACGCUGGUACAAACCCUGGGGUUAUGGAGGGCAUUAGUGAAACUUAUCAACGAGCGGCAAAACCCACUCCCUCCAGCCAAGCAUAUCAUGCCAACUUUAAUUGCGUUGUGGAAUCGUGUCAAGGGGGGGAUCGAUGUCUAUUCAAGAUAUCUGAAGAAUGUCAAGUAG